UCUCAGCCUGUCAUUCAGAUGGGAUUCCACCACAAGAGGAAGUCUCAACAAAGCAGCCAGCGUGUCAUUUCACAUAAUUUCAGUUGGCUAGUUUACGAACAAACAUUGACGUAUUUGUAGCCAGGUCAAAGCGUAUUACGUGAUGUAAUUCUCACAGUCUUCGGGGUUUUGCGAUAAUCUUUCCGCAAUGGGUCAGCGAUUGAGUGAGGACAGUGAUCCAGACAAAGAAAUCGAUGUGGCUGAGCUGCAGGAAUGGUACAAAAAGUUUGUGGUGGAAUGUCCAAGCGGAACACUGUUUAUGCAUGAGUUCAAGAGUUUUUUCGGGGUUGCCGAUAACAAGGAGGCUUCGGAGUACAUUGAAAGCAUGUUUCGGGCCUUUGACAAGAAUGGAGAUAACACCAUCGACUUUCUCGAGUAUGUUGCAGCUUUGAACUUGGUCCUGAGGGGUAAAUUGGAGCAUAAACUGAAAUGGACGUUCAAAAUGUAUGAUAAAGAUGGAAGUGGGUGCAUUGAUAAAACUGAGCUUCUUGAAAUCGUGGAGUCUAUUUAUCGACUGAAGAAAGCCUGUCAUGGAGAGCUGGAUGAUGAGUGCAAUCUGCUGACCCCAGACCAAGUAGUGGACCGGAUAUUUGAGCUGGUUGAUGAAAAUGGAGACGGUGAACUUUCCCUUGACGAAUUCAUCGAUGGCGCACGGAGGGACAAGUGGGUGAUGAAGAUGCUGAAGAUGGAUGUCAACCCUGGGGACUGGAUCAAUGAGCGAAGACGCAGUGUCAACUUCUAAUGGCUGAAGAGAGGACUGCUCGUCUUUCAAAUGCACGUGUGACACCAAUUCUGCUUUGGUUCUCUGAGCUAGCAUGAAUGUAAAUACUGUACAACAGAAGUGACUGUACAUACAUGAUAUUAUGAUGAAUAAAUAAAUAAACAAAUUAGAUUUAUUAAUUUGUUUUGGUGCAGAUUUUCUUAGCGCACCUAAUAGAUUGUACAAUUUCAGUAUAACAAAAUGCUUAUUUUUUUGCUCUUGAAAUGGAUAUUCCCCACCCCAUUUUGUGUUCUUUCAAAGUUCCAAUAAAUGUGUGCACUGCACAACCAACGAUGGUAGAAGAGAA